AUGUCAGGGUCUUCCAGGUCACUUCUACGGAACAUCGCCUCAGUAUUUGAAAAUUGGUCCAAUAAUAAGAACUGGGAUAAAGCGCCUUCCCAGGAUAUUAAGGAUUUGAACGAUUCCAUUUAUGCAUACAAGGAAAAGCACAAUCUGCUUUCAUCGCUUUCAUCGCAGCUUAACAACGAGCUACGAUCCAUUCACAGCAAAUACAUUGAUGAGUCUCUGGAGAUCUCCAAAGAGGUCUUAUUUCUAGAUAUCUUGACUCGACUACUGCCAGUGCUUAGCGCCGAUGAGAUCAAAGUAUGGCUUUCAACCUAUCUACUACCAGCAAUUGAAAGCACUGGAUUCGACAUAUCCUUCGUCAGUAAAGCAAGAGAGUUUGUCAGGCUGGUUCUGGCUGAAACAUAUCCCACAGAUGAUCCUCAAUUGAGAAACCGAAGAGCCGCAAUAGCACGGAUGGUUCUGGGAUACAUAUUGCGGAUCUACUUGGGAACUGACCAAGAGGCAUACGGCCUCAUAGGGUUGAAGUAUAAAGAUGCCAGCUCAAAGGACGAAGACACUCACGAAAAUAUCGAAAAAGUCAGGUUCAUGGAGACCAAUUGUGCUAUUACCCUACGAGAAUACGGCCAGCGAUACUCAGAAGACUACUUCAGUUUACUCAAUACCUAUUUCCAUCUGGUUGAUAAUCGACUCAAGACACUCAGCUUGAUAACUUCGUUUGUUGCCUCGAAUACCUUCCACUCCAAAGCGAUAAUCAAAACGCCUUUGUUCAAGAGCAUUCUCGUCUGUCUACUGAACGAUCAGAGCGAAACCAUUAUCGCAUGUGCACUUUCAUUGAUGGUGAUGUUGAUGGGUAAGCUUUGCGAUAAGAUUGCUACUUAUCUACCCGACCUUCUCGUCAUUUACACACGCCUUUUGUUGUGGCUGGGCCCAACGAAGGAAGGAAAUUCAAAAGAGAUGACGCCUAAGGCACAUGUCGAAAAAGAGGAAUGGAUCAUAGCUGAACCUGAUCUGGAAAUGGUUGCAAUGAGCUCGCAUCUUUAUCACAAUGACGAAUUUAACCUUCUGUACUAUACCACUUUGUUGUACGCCUUUUUCCCGAUGAACUUCAUGAGGUUCGGUCGGAGCCCAUUUCAAUUCUGGAGCGAAUACCGGCCAAAGGUCCUCAGUGAAAAGCGAUACCAUGAUUAUCCAGAUAUCUUGCAAAUUAUCAGUUCCCGUACCAAAGAGUUCUGUGAACAGAUGAGAUUACAUCCUAACUUUUUACAGCAAGUUUCCGCAGAAGAAGAACUAGAUUCACCGCUUAAAUGGAUCUUGAAAGAUAACGAGGGGGUUGAUAUCAGUGAAGAUGACAUCAUGCUCCGAAGUCUCCGACUUAAUCCCACAUACAUGUUAUGGCUUCCAGACAGGUUUGUUUUGCCCAAGUAUUUUUACGAAAAGUUGGAAGAAUUACUGAUUAUUUCACCUGCAGCGUCUUCAAACCUUGGUCCACAAUUUUCCAAAGACACGCGCAGUGGAUCUCACUGGAGUGCAAAUGUCAGUUCCAAUAAGUCUUCUAAAAGAGGCUCAGUUGAUGUUGCUCUGGAUGAUAUGUUAACUCCCAGACGCUCAUCACUUGUUCCUUCCAGCCUCCUCUCUGAUAAGUCCCCUAAUGAACCUCGCAUCAAAUUCAAGAAUGUGGAUUACAGUUUGUCAAAAUCUGGUCCAGGAACUGCAUCUCCAAAGCCCUCACAGAACGACAGCUUCACUGCAUCCGAGACUGACAGUGGAGUUCUGGAUCUCUUUUCGGCGCAUGAAAAGCUCUACAAGAUGUCAACCACUAGAAGGAACUCCGUGCAGCAGGAUCUCCAAAACCCUCAGGUUGCCACAGGAAACUUUCAAGCAACAUCAAAAAGUGCAUCCGCCCUAUUAAAUCAACAGCUAAAGGGCAAGAAUAAUGAAGAAGUAUCUUCCUCAAAAGGUGGAGCUCUUGAGUUUUACCAAAGAGAGUUGUUGCUCUGUAAGAAUGAACUUGAGUUCACGAUCUACAUGAAAUACUUAAACAAGCUCAAUUACAUCAAGUUGAAGACUCAGAUGAGUGAGUUGUCGAGAAAGUUGGCUGAAGCUAUUACCUCGAGCCCUUCUGAACAGCUGAAGACUAAAAAUAAUGAAAAUUUGCGUUCGUCAUUGGAAGAACUACAAUCAUCCAGUAAGGCAGCUCUCAUGCACAGUCAAGCUGAGAUAGCCAAGCUCUCAGAGAGAGUGGUGGACCUACAGAAGAGUUUGGAAGCUGUUACUGUUGCGUUGACACAGUCUCGUGACGAGAAUGAGGUGUUGCAGAACGACUACGAUACAUGUAAACAGUCUGUUGAGCUGAUUGAAGCAGAAUUACGAGGUCUUAAAAUUAAACAAACCGCUGAUGCCAACGAGUCUGCCACCCCUCCAAUCACCAGAGAAUUCACGCAUACCCCAGAAACGUCUAGUCCGUUCAUAACGGAACAUGAGGAAGAGUUACAAAAUCUCCGCACCGAAUUGGAGAUGGCUCGAUCCCAAAAUCACACAAUCCAACGAGAAAUACGUGACCUUGAGGAGAAAUUGGAUCUUACAGUUCGGGGAUACGAGAAACAAGUUGCAAGCUUGAAGCUUGACCUAGGUGGGGCUGUUCGUGAGCAAGUGAGACAUUACGAGAGGAGAAUACAAGAGCUCAAUACAACGAUCAUGAAGUAUGCCACCUCCAUCGAAGAGAAGAACAACAUGAUUGUGCAACUUUCAACCUCGAAACCCAUCAAGAUACCGGGAGGAAGAGAUAUGCAAGAGUCUGAAUCGAGCCCUGUCAAACCGAGAAAUAUUCCUGUGCCCUCGAGACAGAGCAGGAAUCUCGAAUAUGGCAUACCAGAUCAGCGAACUAGCAGAAACAUGCAAGAUUUCUUCGAAACAAGAUCAAGUUCGGGCAGUCUGAUGAGGUCCUCAGCGUCGGCUCAACUUGUCCAGCCUAGCACCAGGCCCCAGGCAGUUUACCGACUGCCAACAACGCUGUCAAUCCCAAUUAUCAAGGGUCGUGGUGGAUACCAAAAACGGUCCAAGCGGAAGAAGACUGGCUCUGUCACUCCUACACAGGCAGAGACUGUUGCCGCUUCCAUUGAAAAUGAUGAGAAAACGACCUUGAUCAGCACCAGAAAGGAGUCUGACAAUGUUUACUGGAUUGCCAUGGCUGUCUUGACUGCUGCUGCUGCCGCCGUUAGAUUCACUCUCCUUAGUCAUCCAGCUAAGGUGGUUUUUGACGAGGUGCACUUUGGAAAAUUCGCUUCCUACUACCUCGAGAGAACAUACUUUUUCGAUUUGCAUCCACCAUUCGCCAAGCUCCUUAUUGCAUUUGCCGGCUGGUUAGUGGGUUAUGAUGGAGCCUUCAAGUUCGAAAACAUUGGUGACAACUACGUUGAGAACAAUGUGCCCUACUUGGCCUACAGAUCACUCCUGGCCGUCCAAGGUACCUUGGUUGUCCCUGUCAUCUUCUUGACCAUGAAGACUCUUGGUUUCACCGUUUCCGCAUGUAUCUUGUCUUCGGCACUUGUUUUGUUCGACAAUGCUCACAUCAUUGACUCGAGAUUGAUCCUUUUGGACGCUACCUUGAUCCUCAGUGUUGCACUUACCAUGUUCACCUACUGUAAGUUCUCCACAUACCGUCGCCAGCCAUUCACCAAGUGGUGGUGGAUCUGGUUGCUUUCGACCGGUGUUGCUUUGUCUUGUGUUAUCUCUACCAAGUACGUCGGUGUCUUCACAUACUUCACGAUCGGUAUCGCUGUGGUCCAUGAGUUGUGGAUUCUCCUUGACAUCAAAAAGGGUUUGACGCUCGAGGAAUUCGCUCAGCAUUUCCUUGCCCGUUUCUUCUCCUUGAUCGUGUUCCCAUUCACCAUCUACUUGUUCUGGUUCUACUUGCACUUUGCCAUUUUGACCAAGUCUGGUCCAGGUGACGCUUUCAUGUCGUCCGACUUCCAAGAGACUUUGGAAGAAUCCCCAUUGGCAAAGUACUCUAAGGCUGUUCACUACCAUGACAUUCUUACUGUUGAGCACAAGGAAACUGAGGCUUUCUUGCACUCUCACAACCUCACAUACCCAUUGAGAUACGAGAACGGUAGAAUCUCCUCGAACUUGCAGCAAGUGACCUGUGUUUACGACCAGGAAGGCCAGGAGAUCAAGGAUGUCAACUCUCAGUGGGAAAUUAUCCCAACAAAGGAGGUCGGUAACAACCAAGCUGUCUACACCAACGAUGUGGUUAGAUUUAGACACAUCGGUACUGGUGGAUACUUGUUGACCCACGACGUCGCUUCUCCCUUGCUUUCUACGAACGAGGAGUUCGUGGUGGUUCACAACGAUGUUGCUGAGAAAAGAUACAACGAGACUUUGUUCCGUUUGCGUUACGCUGAGGCUAACAACAAGAACAAGAGAGCUCUCGUCAAGACCAAGGCUACUCCAUUGAGAGUGGUGCACGUCGACACUGUGGUCGCUAUGUGGACUCACGACGACGAAGUGUUGCCCGACUGGGCUCUUGAGCACCAAGAAGUGAGUGGUAACAAGAAGGUUCAGGAUAAGGACAACACCUGGACUUUCGACACCAUUGUCAACUUGAAGGAAGAAGACCCCAGAAAUCACUUCACUCCUAAGAAGGUGAAGACCAUGCCAUUCUUGAAGAAAUGGUGGGAGCUCCAAGGCUUGAUGUUCGUGCACAACAACAAGUUGUCGUCUGAGCAUCCAUUCGCCUCGCAGCCAGACGCUUGGCCACUUGCUGUUUCCGGUGUGUCUUUCUGGAAUGACAAUGAGAACAGAAGACAGAUCUUUUUCAUCGGUAAUGUUAUUGGUUUCUGGGUCCAGGUUGGAUUCCUCGCUGUCUACGUCGGUUUUGUUCUUGCUGACCUCGUCACGCAAAGAAGAGCCCACGAAAUCAUCACGCCUCAGGCUAGAUCAAGACUUUACAACACAUUGGGUUUCCUUUUCAUUGGUUGGGCUGCUCACUACUUCCCAUUCUACUUGAUGGGCAGACAAAAGUUCUUGCACCACUACCUUCCUGCCCACCUCAUUGCGGCCUUGUUCACUGGUGGUGCUGUUGAGUUCUUGUGUACCAACAAGACCGCCCACAACAAGAAGGGCAUGCCUCCAGCUGCCAUCGACAAGGUCAGACUCAUUGGUGCCACCGUCACGGUGGUGAUCGGCACCGCUUGGUUCCUUUGGUACAUGAGAGCCAUGACCUACGGUCACUUUGCCAUGGCCGCUGAGGAAGUCAAGAAGAGACAGUGGCUCGAUAUCAAGUUCCACUACGCUAAGUAA